AUGGACUCAUUCAAUGAAAAAAACCUGUAUACUGGGUUCUCCAUGUUCCAACAAAGGGGUCCCGAUGUCUCUCGCUUGCGCCAAUUUCUUAAUCUCUUGGGAUGCAUUAUUGUCAUUCCUAUUUACUCUUUCAUCACCGGCUAUACACGGCACCCGUUGACACUAGAUAUCUUGCUGACGAUCUUCUCGGCGGAAUAUAAUCGCUUUGCAAAUGAGCGCAGACGGCGACGGCUGAACGCCCCAUCGCAGGGUGGUCAAGAUUUGGAGAAAGCUAGCUAUCUGCUCACGGGCACGAAAAGGGCCACAGAAUGCAUGGCUGCCAUUGUUGGAUACCGUGAAGACCCGGAGCUUUUUGCUCGCGCUCUAGACAGCUACAAAACUGCGGCGGAAUGCCGCUUCGUCCUGGUGGGCGUUGAUGGUGAUGACACUCCAGACAAGGAGAUGGUUCGAGUUUUCCAAGAAGUUUUUCCUGAAAAGUCAGCCGUUAUUCAUAUUGAUGAGCCGCUGGGUGAAGUUGCUAUGAAGACCUUCGAGAAGCUCUCCAAGCUCGAUGGUAACACCCAGGCUCCCCAGGUCUAUAUGGAAGCUACCAUUGCCCACUGCUGCCAGCUCGCACGCGAGAUUCUCUCUGAACAUGACCUUGAUCUUGGCGAGGCUGGUGGUAUCACAAGACUGUGUCUCUUCCAGCCCCAUCUGCACAAGAAGGGAAUCAUGUUUUCGGCUUUCAUUUUCUCUAUUGUGAUCUCCGAGAUGCUCGGUAUUGAGUACCUGUGGUCCUCCGACUCUGAUACCAUCAUCAUGCCUGACUCAUUGCGGAGUACCAUUGAAACUAUUGCUGGUGACCCUCAUGUUGGUGGUGGUAGCUCAGGCUUGAUUGUGCACAAUGAAAAUGACACUAUCACGACCAAACUCGGCAGUGUGGUCUAUUGGUCUGAGCUUUAUAUGACCCGGUCAACCUCAACUGCUUCUGGAACCAGUGACUGCCAAUCAGGCCCCAGUACAGCAUUCCGAGUCUGCUCGCUCCCAGCCGUCUUGUAUCCCUGGUAUACACAGACCGUGCUUGGACAUCGAAUGGUCGUCAACGAGGAUCGCCAUCUUACUACCAAUCUACUCAUGCGCGGGUGGACCGUCACAUAUGUGUCUGACACUUUGACUGCGACUGACACACCGACAACUCUGAGCCGCUGGAUCAUGCAACAAGUUCGCUGGAGCCGAGCUGGUCACAUCGAGUCCUUCCAACAGCCUCAAAUCUACGUCCUCAACAACCCGCUCUUCUUCUGGGCUGCCAUCAAGCGAGAGGCCGGACCCCUGCUUGGAUUUGGUUACAUCCUCUACUAUCUCAUCACUGGUCGCUGCUUUGCUUAUUUCAACUGGUACGACGUCGGCAUUCGUAUUGCUUACACAUUGCUCUACAACUUCUUCCGAAACCCUGACAGAGGCCCAACGAACUAUUGGCUCUGGAUUGGACCGGGUCUUUUGUUCUACAAUAUUCCUCUUCCCAUGAUCCAUCUUUGGAGCUUGAUCACAGUGUUCCAGGAUGGAUGGGGCACGUCUAUGCGAUCAACUAGUGAACUAUCUAAGAGAGGCCAGGCAUGGAAACGCUGGAAUGAUUUGGGAUUCUUUGUUGUGUGGAUGGGUAUUGUUGGCGGCACUUUGGCAAGGAUGUUCGCCAACAUGGCUGGUUGGAAUGGUACUAGUGUGUUCCAAGCCAUCGUGCUGGGAAUGAUUGUCCCUUCCGCGGUGUCGUUCUAUGGCCUGGUGAUCCGUGAAUGA